AUGGAUUUCGUGGUGUUGUACACUCACCAGAAAGUGAAGAAGCACAAAACAUGGCAGGACGGUCGUCUUGUUAUCGAUUCCUUCGGAAACAUGGCAACUUUGUAUGACGAUUCUGGAAAGAAACUGGAACGUUUCCCUAUCAGGAGAACACAGGUUGCCAUUGGAGUUGACUUGGAAUGUGAUCGAUAUCUAAUGACUGUUGAGUCAAUCGGAGAGGAGCAUGUGGUCGAACGAGUGGCAUCUGGUGCUGAUGAGUUACGUGCAUCUACGGGUGGCAGACAAUACGAAGCAGCUCCGAACUCGACAACAUGUCGUAUUAGCAAAAAAACAUUUAAUUGCCCUAGAAGGGCAUCUCAUCUAUCUCCAACUCAUCUCUCUAACUCACUACCUCAUGAAUCUCACAACCAAACAUUGAGAGACGAACACUACGCUACUACCAUAUUAGAUCCCACUAUGGAUUCCAAGUUAGUCGAACACGUCAACAAGAGAAUCUCAAAUUGGAGCAAAUCGAGUAAAAACAACGUUCAACCUAAAUGUCAUUCAGACUCACGUUUAUGUUUAUUAACCAGCCAAUCCAGUGAAUCUAAAUUUUGUUUAUCAAGUCACACAGAUCGAAAUUCGUGUUUUAGUCAAGUUAGUGAGGAUCGUGAUUUCUCUGUUGCUAAGAGUGACUCGUCUGACUUUACAUUGUCUCACAUGACUUCAGAUCAGGAUGAUAAGGAUUUUUCUUUGCAACUGUCGUCUCAUUCUGCAUCGAAACGAGACUCUAACUCGAUUAUCUCUUUGCUUGGAAUGAGUGACAGAGAGAAGACUCGAUUGCAGUCAAUAGAUAACGAUCCAAGUAUGCAACAGAAGUCUGUAGAUAUCAAUUGCCUACCUACAUACCAAACCGACAUUUUUACUGCACCCGAUCGGGUAUAUACGUCGCCCAGCGACGAUCGGGAUUCUUCAAAUGCCUCGUUGUGGGAUGGAAGUCGCAACAUCAAAAUGAGUAGCACCGAAUGUGUAGAAUCCGGUCGUAACUUUGAGGUGUCAAUAGAUGAGUCUGCUCACUCUGUGAGUGCAGACUGUUUCUCUCUUGGUAAACUUGAGUUAUUCUCAGCGGCCGAUUGGUCGGUUGAUUUCGAGUCGGAUGAGAGAGAUUCACUUGUUCCUUGCUGGUCUGCUACGUCUGAGCAGUUGAACGUUGACUUUUCGCCUCCUCAACGACUUCCGGAUUCUUUUCCACGUGGCAGUUACACAUUGCCUUGUUCAGCUAAAAUGGGACUGGCACAUAGGAAACCCGUUGGUUUAUUAGCAAAAGUACGACAUCCGGAUGAUUGUCAUUCAGGAAUUCGUACGUUUGUGUCGCAUAAUCUGUUGAACGUUCGUGAAUUGUCGUGCAGUUUGGGAGGCAACGAGGCUGAUGUGUAUGGUGAACAUCCUAUGAGUGGUGGAUUACACUUUCCAUCGGCUGUCGAGUGUCAAAAUGUUGGAUCAGUGACAAGACAAGUGACUAUACCAAUUACGUUUGGUGAUGUUGUCGAGUAUAAGCGAGUAUUUAUUGCAGCGUUGCAAGAGUAUCUCAAUGCCAUUCUGACUCGUGUGGCUCACUCUUACCACUCAGCUAGAAAACAAGCAGACUUAACGUCUCACAUCACUGGAGCUGAAGUGUCUGUCGCUGGUGAAGGUUCCGGUCUCGUUUUCUCAUCUGCGUCUCCGUCUUGUAGUCACGGAAUGGCGAAAUUGAAAACUGUCAAGAAAGACGGUCCGAAUAAGGGCAGAUUGUUUUAUGGCUGUCCAUUAACAGGGACUAACAGAUGCCAGUUUUUCAAGUGGGCAAAUCAGGUUGCAUCUACUUCCGCAUGUAGUGCUACUCCAAGUGUCGUACUUCAAACCGAUGACAGCAUUGAGACGUAUUUUAGAAAUAAGGGUGUGGAUUUCUACUGUGGAAAUGAAAUAAGAAAAGUGUCAAAGAAAGUCAAACAGACGUUUCAAAAACAUCGUCGCCACCAACGUGACAUCAUCGUUGCCACCAAGAAAUCUCUUUAUUUGAAGUUGCGGAAGAAGCAAGGAUCCUCGUGUUAUUCAAAAGGAGAUGUGUAUGUAAUAUCUAAGGACUUUGAGUUUGCUCCUGGGCGAUGUUUUUUAGCCAGGAGUUCUUUCUUUGGCGUAUCGUCUACAGGAGAUGUCGAGAUUUCACCCAUGAGUGGAUAUUCUCAAUCCAACUGGCCAUCAGGAUCAAACGUUCAUGCCAUACUCGUCUGCAAUGCUCACAGUGAGUUGGCAUACAUCGAUAUGCUAAAAGGCUUGUCCACAUCGUCUCAUUCCGUUCCCAUUCUUCCACACCUUUUGAGCGCUUGUCCAUCUCAAUGUGAGAGUCGCAGUGUUGGUGGAAAGUUGUUUAGAGCGCCUUUUCAGAGGCAGUCGUCUGGUUUCCCGUUGUUAGUCUCUCAAGACGAAAUGCAGCAAUUGGCCGAGAGUAUGAUCGAUGAGUACCAGUUGAAUAAGGAUCAGCAAGCAGUGCUGUUGAAGUGCACACAAAUGGUUUGUCCUUCAUCCGAUGAAAUGGCCGUCAAUAUUCAGCUUGUUCAUGGUGUGUUUGGUGCUGGAAAGAGUUUUCUUAUAGCCGUAAUUGUCAUUUUUCUUGUUCAACUGUUUGAACUCGAUGCGAGCAUUUCAUCGAGAUCAAGGUCUAUGUCCUUACUUAUUGCAUCGACAACUAACGUUGCUGUCGAUCGCAUUUUAUUGAAUCUGCUGGACAUGGGAUUUGAAGAAUUUAUCCGAGUGGGUAGUGCGAAGAAGAUAUCAAAGUCUAUAUUGCCGUACAGCGUUCACAGUAAAGAUGCUGAAGACCUCGAGCUACGAGACUUACAGAACAUGCUGAAAACGGAUCUCUCGUCUGCUGAUCGAGCGAACGUGAGGAAGUCGAUCGACCGACUAAAACGGGGUGAAAACCUGAAGCGUCUAUCUGCUGUUCGAGUAGUCGGUGCAACGUGUGCAGCGUGUCUGUUCAGCAUCUUGGACAGCAUGCAGUUUCCUAUCAUCAUGUUGGAUGAAAGCAGUCAGAUGUUGGAGCCGGGGUCUCUACUCCCGAUCACGAGAUUUGCUUGCAAAAAGCUCCUUCUUGUCGGAGAUCCAAAGCAAUUGAGUCCUCCUCUGUCUGGAAUAGCACAGGAGAACAAAUGCGGUCUAGAGCAGACUUUAUUCGAUCGUUUAGUGAAAAUGGGAAUUCAACCAACUGUCCUUCACACUCAGUAUCGUUGCCAUCCCACUAUCAGUGCAAUCUCAAGCAGUCUCUUUUACGACGACACGCUGAUCAAUGGAGUCUCAGAGGCAGAUCGAGCACCAAUCGUUAGCGGUUUUCCCACCUUGUGCUUUUACAGCGUUUCAAAGGGUAGAGAGAUGAGUAACAGUGAUGGAAGCUAUUACAAUGAGAAAGAGGCAGAGUUUGUUGUGACGUUGAUAAUGGAGUUGCUACGCGCAGGAGCCAGUGGAGCGGAAAUCGGUGUUAUUACCCUCUACAAGUCUCAACUGCGUCACAUCCAGUCACGUCUUGACUCAGCAAGAACACAACAAGAAUCGACCAAACAGACAGACCGUGAUUGGAAACGCAUUCAGGUGUCUACUGUAGAUGCAUUCCAAGGUGGUGAACGUGAAAUCAUCAUUCUUUCUUGUGUGAGGACCGAACACAUCGGCUUCAUCGAUUGUGACAGGAGAAUGAAUGUGGCUCUGACAAGAUCCAAGAGGCAUCUUUUCAUAGUGGGAAAUCAGAGGAUUCUGUGCGAUAAUAAGAUAUGGUUUAGAGUCAUUCGACACUGCGAAGCUCAUCCAAAUGGCAUCCAGUCUGCAGAAGCAUUCACAAAACACUUGGCUGUCGAAGCAAAGAGAAAUCAGACAGACGUAUCAGACCAGUUGUCACCAAAGCGGAGGAAAACUAAACACCCCACAAUGAAGAUUUCGUCUUACACGAACUCUAGCUGUGAAAACACACCCGCAGAACCAUUGAGUGAAGGGUUAGUUGAUGACUUCUUUAGUGAUGAUGAUGAUGACUUCAUGCCAAAGUGUAGCAGUAGCUGUUUGGAACAACCUAAUUUUACUGUUUAGUUUGUCUCACUUGUACAUGCUCAUUGAAUGUGUAUGUAUAUACACUGAAAUGAUAACAUAUUUAAGUACAAUUAGAGAGCACUUAAGAGGUGACCCAUAGUACAACUAGAGUUGGUUGUACGUCACGUG